GCAAAACUUCAGCAUAUUUUGCUACAUGAGUUCUGAUACUCACCACACACUAUGCCUGUUACAGUCAAAACACAAAUAUUUCUUUUUUGUUAGUUGUGUUGUUUCUUCAUCUCUCUCUCUCUCUCUCUCACACACACACAAACACAAAAACAUACACGCAGACACCAACUACAAAGCCAACUGGCAAUUUCAAUUCAUGCACAUAGAGAUAAAAUAAGAAGGCGAAGGAUAGAGCAAAGGACAAACGUAGUCUAGUUUAAGUGUGAUUCGUUUAGUUUCUUCUCCCUCUAUUCUUCUCCUCUUCUGGUUAUAUAGAGAAUAGAGCCAGACAGGGAGGGGGGAGGGGGGCUCCUUACAACCUCAUUCUUCUUACAUCUUUCUGUCAUAACGAGCCUACACACACACAGACACACACACACAGUGUGUAAAGAGGCUACUGAAAAUGGAUUUCUCGGCAUCUCAAUGUAGCAGUGGAUGUGAAUCAGGUUGGACUCGGUACUUAGACCAAUCCUCACUUUCAGAAUACCAAUUCCACAGAGAUGGCGGUAUGGAUGAAUAUAGAGGAAAAGGAGAAAAAAUGGAGGAGAAAGAAGAAGAUUUAUCCUUGGUCUCUGAUGCUUCAUCUGGGCCUUCACAUUACCAUGAAGAUGAUGAAGAGUCCAUUCAUGAUGAUGGGUUUCCCCUUUAUUCUUCUACAGCUUCUGAGGUGGCCCGUAAAAACAAAAAGAAAAAGAAGGCCAAGGCCAAAGAAUCUGGCAGACACCGCCAGCGUUCAAAUCUUGAUGACACUGCCACUUCUCCUGCAUUGAACUUUCCAAAGGUUACAACUCACUAUGGGAAUGAGGAUUCAACUAUGAAGAAUUUAUGGAACUUCUCUCAGGGUAAUUUCUCUGCAACACAAUUUGAGGGGAAAUCUGCAUUCCAGGAGAAUUUUACUUUCUUGAAGUCCUUUGCUGAAAAACCAGCUUCAGAAGAACAAGGUGGUUUUCAUGGAAGAAAUUGGAAAUGACAUCUUUUGUCGUGGAUGCUGCAGUUGCUGUGGGGAGAGAGAGAGAGAGAGAGGGCUGUAAAAGAUGUCACUAGAUUUCAAAAGGAUAUUGCUUCUCCUUUUUCUCUUUUUGUUCUUGUUUCAGUUUUACUGCUUUUUCUCUGUGAUUGACAAUGCAGUGGGAAACAACCUGAGAACGCAAAAAAUAAAAGAUUUUCCUGUCCUCAA